UAUAAUCGAAGCGGUUAAUUACAUAUUUCGCAGCACACAGAUUUUGCGGGUACAUUUCAUCGUCGAUGCCGCUCGUGCCGACACACGAGAAUUUAUCCCUUCCAGUCCCUUCACGUGUAGUCUUGGGGAAUAAACGGAUUGCAGCGAGGGCGAGGAUAGGAAUUCAGUAAGAUGUCGUUGUAGUGCGUCGUCGUUCUUCGGUGCCUACACAUUGAACGAGAAUUUGCUCGUGUCCGAAGAGGAUCGCGAGACCGCGAGACAAGACGGGGAUAAGAAACGCGUUCGGCAAACGCAGGGCCGCCGAUUGCGCGAAGCGACGCGAUUAAAUGAGACGGGGCAGUACUUCGGCAAGUACUACGUCUCUCUCUCGUGUGGGAACGCUAUGUCUACGGAGACCACCCUGAACGAGGUGCCCAACGUCGCGUCGAGGCUGCAAGGCCUACGGUUGGCGACGCACGGCGAGGAUGAAAAUGACGUGACGGAGAACGCAACGGCUAGCAGUUCGACGGCCACCGGAGGUAAUGGAUCGUCAUCGUUGCGGGAACCGCUGCGGAACAUCACCCUCUAUCGGGCACGACGAGCGCUCAACUUCGUCGGCGACGAGGAUCAGCCGACGACGAGCUCGUCCGUGGCGCGAAGCGAGGCCUCGUACUCGAACGGCGAUAACCGACCACCACCUAUUAAUGCGGCGAAUACGUCAUAUUUGGAAGGGCGACCACAGAAUACUAUCGCCUUAGAAAACUCUUCCACACAAAAUCAGCCUGCAGUUACAUACAAUUGGCAAGGUACAAAGGCGACGAUGCGCGAAAGAAUUGUAUUUCUUUUUAAUAAUGAAAUACUGUCAGACGUGACUUUUCUGGUGGGAAGAGGAGCGCAACAACAACGCAUACCAGCUCACAAACUAGUCCUGUCUUCUGGAAGCGCUGUAUUUGAUGCAAUGUUUAAUGGAACGCUUGCUACAGCUUCUUCAGAAAUAGAAGUACCUGAUGUAGAGCCUGCUGCAUUUUUGGCAGUGCUACUUUUUCUAUAUACUGAUGAGAUACAGAUAGAUCCUGAAACUGUGAUGACAACGUUGUAUACCGCUAAGAAAUAUGCAGUAUCUGCUUUAGAAAAGCAUUGCGUUGACUUUUUAAAAAAUAAUUUGACCAGUGAUAAUGCUUUUUUGCUGUUAACACAAGCCCGUCUGUUUGAUGAACCGCAAUUAGCCUCAGUAUGUUUGGAUACGAUAGAUAGAUUUACAACUCAGGCUCUCAAUGCAGAUGGAUUCACAGAUAUUGAUAUCGAUACAUUGAUGAUAGUCUUGGAAAGAGAUACACUUCGUGUUAGGGAAUCUAAGCUAUUUCAGGCCGUUCUAAGGUGGUCAGAAGCUGAAUGUAUAAGGCAGCAAUCACCAGUUACUCCAGAAAAUCAACGUCUGGUCCUAGGUAAUGCUCUGUCAUUGGUUCGUUUUCCACUUAUGUCAAAAGAAGAGUUUACAGCAGGUCCGGCACAAUCUGGCUUAUUAAAUUAUUCAGAGGUUUUAUCUUUAUUCUCAUAUUUUAUACUGAAUCCUAAACCUUCAGUGGGAUUUCAAACAAUGCCACGAUGUUGUAUGACAGGCAAGGAACAGACUGUGUGCAGAUUUCAGCAUACCAAAAGUAGAUGGGGAUAUUUUGGAACUAGUGAUCGUAUCCGAUUUAGUGUGGAUAGGCGUAUUUUUCUUAUUGGCUAUGGAGUUUAUGGUUGCACACAAGAACCAGCGAUAUAUGAAGUAUCAGUGGAAUUAAUUCACACUGCGUCGGGAAAAGUGAUAGCUACAAAUGCAACAAGUUUUAGCUGUGAUGGAUCAAAGUACACAUACCGUCUAAUGUUUAAAGAGUUAGCGGAAAUCUUACCAAAUACGAUUUAUACAGCAUCAGCAACCUUCAAGGGGCCAUGCUCAUAUUACGGCACAAAAGGAUUAAGAACAGUAUUAGUGGAUUGUGAUUCAGGAAAUACAAAAGUGAAAUUCGAAUUCAGUAGCGAGUUGGGAGAUAAUAAUGGUACAUCCACUGAUGAAGGUCAAAUACCCGAGCUUAUCUUUUACACGUAAUAUCUUUUGCGUAUGUAAUAUUGACAUUCUUCAUGUUUGCUUAAUUGGCCAUUGGAGAUAAAUUAUAUUGGAUAUAUAUGCCGGGUUUUGUCAAUUAUAUAUCUUGUGAUCAUUUAAAAUACUUUGAUUUAAGUGAGCCACACAUACAGGCAUGCCAAAGGAGUUAACCCAAGAUUUUUUCAUAAUUUUAUAGAUAAUCUUCUUGAUUUUACUGAUUGCUAUGAUUAAUAAAUACAAUAUUCUGAAAAAUAUGCAAAUUUUAUGAUAAUAUUUAUAAUAUAUUAAUAAUGAAAUUAUAUGCAUUUUAAUUUUUCAGCAAAUAUAUAUACAGAAUAUAUAUGUAUAUUUUUCAAAAUUUAAACAUUGAAAUGAUUUAAAUGUAUCAGCUGUAGAGUUGAUAUAUUAACUAUUAAUUAAUUAAACAAAUAGGGGGGAUUAAUGUUUAGAAUUGGAAAUGUACAAAAUUUAUGUUUUUAUUGUUUUAAUUGAGAUCUAUGCAGAAACCAAAAAUAUAGUAUAACAAUUAUUGUGUAACAAUGUUAAAGAAAUCAUGAUAAGUACAAGAGGGGGAGAUUGGUCGUAUGCAUACUCUUUUGCCUAAAUAUUUCUCGUUUGGGACAUGUAUAUCAACAUACAUAAUUUGCAAUUGUAACAAGCGAAAUGUAUAUAGCACUUCAAUGCAAAAUUAAUUAAUGUAAUAAAGCCUAAAGUAUGUGGAAUAUUUUUUAGUACAAGUUAGUAUUUUGGUAGUCACAAAAGCAAUGUAGAAUCUGAGAGAAUCUGAUUGUUACAACUCACUAUGAAAAAUAGUCGAACAAAAGUAAUAUAAAACACUACUGUAAACCAUACUAAUUCUCUGACAUAAUAAUAUUGUUACUUGUUCAAUAGUUUAUUUCAAUUUUAAUAAAAUUUUAUAUCUUUCAUGAUUCAAGAAAAUAUAUUUAAAUUUAGAUUUUUGUUAAUAAUGAAUGGUGCUAGCUAAUAUGAGAUAACAUUGUUAUCUUUAGCAUUUUUAGAGAUAAGCUACUUUAUAAGUGUGUCAACCUGAUACUGUUUUUCGUGAAAUAGCGCAUAUAUAAGAUCUAAUUUGUGAUUAUAUUUAAUAAUUAUAAAUUUAGAUAGUAUACAUGUAAAAUGUUAAAUAAUUAAAUAGAUUUAUUCCACACAUA